UUUGAAUCAAAUUCCAAGAAAAGAAAAGGAACGUGAGGGUUUUGGGAAAUUGGAAGGUUCUUGAAUUUGGCAACACCAUAAAAAACUGGAGGACACACAUGACAGAGGAGAAGAUAGCGGGAAAAUGAAAGCUGUUGCUCCUUUUUCUUCUUCAUCUUUCAUGGUUGCAUCUUCACCACUCGAAAUCAAAGCUCCCUUAUCAAAUCUCAACAACAAGAAACCCCAAUUCAAUCCAAAUUACUUCAAACCAACCUCAAUUUCAUGUAAAGCAACACAAAAUGGGACCGAGGGAGCCUCCCAGAGCACGAAACCUGAAACUUCAAACCACAAAAUGGAGGAUUACAACACGGCCAUGAAGAGAAUGAUGAGAAACCCUUAUGAGUAUCACCAUGAUCUUGGCAUGAACUAUAAUCUGAUAACGGAAAAUCUGAUCGUUGGGUCACAGCCUCAGAAACCCGAAGAUAUUGACCAUCUUAAAGAGGAACAAAACGUCGCGUACAUUCUUAACUUGCAGCAAGAUGGAGACGUUGCUUAUUGGGGGGUAGAUUUGGAGUCUAUAGUCGAAAGAUGUCAACAACUUGGAGUACGCCAUAUGCGAAAGCCUGCACGAGAUUUUGAUCCUGAUUCUUUAAGAAGCAUGUUACCGAAAGCUGUUUCUUCAUUAGAAUGGGCCAUUUCAGAAGGAAAAGGAAGAGUUUAUGUUCAUUGCACAGCUGGUUUAGGCAGGGCUCCUGCUGUUGCCAUUGCUUACAUGUUCUGGUUCCAUGACAUGGAUUUGAAUACAGCAUACGAGACGCUCACUGCAAAACGACCGUGUGGACCAAAUAAAAAGGCGAUAAGAGGCGCUACUUAUGAUUUGGCUAAAAACGAUCCUGGGAAAGAACCUUUCGAGAGUCUUCCUGAGAACGCUUUCGGAAAUGUGGCGGAUUGGGAGAGGAAACUGAUUCAGGAUCGUGUUCGCCAGCUUCGUGGUGCUUGAGGGAAUACGUAUCAAGAUGAUUCAUGCAACAUGAUCGUAUUUGGUUUAUGUUACGAAUAAAUGUCGUAUGUCCGCAUAUGCAGUUUCAGUAAUAAUGUUACGAAUGUUGUAUCGAAAAUUUGAUAAAAUCGUUGACCGGGGUUGUAUGGCCAACAAACUGAUACAUCGAUUUAUCUAAAGGAGACUUGAACUAA